ACUAAGCACAUGAACUGGGAACUGAAAAACCUUACCUGUAAAACAGUUACCCAUGCAGGAGCCAGAAGACCUCCAAUGGGACUCAGAGGAAGAGAGUGUCUUGGAAAGCUUCAAACUACUGCAGAUCGAUGUGGGGUGUGACCAGCAGGAGGGAGAGGCCCUGCCCACAAGCAGUGCACCAUGGUGCUCGAAAAAUGUUCGGAGAAAACAGAGACACUGGGAAAAGAUAGUGGCAGCAAAGAAGAGCAAAAGGAAGCAAGAAAAGGAAAGAAGAAAAGCCAAUCGUGGAGAAAAUCCAGGUAUCUGUCCUCAGCACAGCAAACGUUUUCUGAGAGCCUUAGCCAAAGAGAGACUUUUGGAAGCUAAACAUUCAGGACCAAGACUCUGCAUUGAUUUGAGUAUGACCCACCACAUGUCAAAGAAAGAAUUAAGCAGACUGGCUGGCCAGAUCAGAAGAAUAUAUGGUUCAAAUAAAAAAGUUGACAGACCGUUUUGGAUUUGCCUCACAGGAUUCACAACAGACAGUGCCCUGUAUGAAGAGUGUCUGAGGAUGAAUGAUGGGUUUUCUAAUUAUCUUCUGGACAUAACAGAAGAAGACUGCUUUAGUGUUUUUCCUCUAGAAACCCUGGUAUACCUGACUCCUGACUCCGAACAUGCUCUUGAAGACAUUGAUCCAAACAAAGUUUACAUCCUUGGUGGACUUGUAGACGAAAGCAUUCAGAAAAAAGUAACAUUUCAAAAAGCCCAAGAGCACUCAGUCAAAACAGCUCGCUUGCCAAUCCAGGAGUACAUGGUCAAGAACCAGAAUGAGAAAAACUAUCAUUCGGAGAUAUUGGCAAUCAAUCAAGUAUUUGAUAUCCUGUCCACUUAUUCUGAGACUCAAAACUGGCCAGAAGCAUUGAAAAAAGGAGUCUCCUCCAGAAAAGGCUAUGUUCUUCAAAACCCAACAGAAUGACAACAUCCAAGAUCAUAGCUGCAGGAAGGAAGGUGCUGGAACAGCCUUGACCAAAGAGCAGAGGGUGGCAGCAGUGUAUUUUGCCUUUACUUGCUAUUAUGGCUCUUCACUAGGCUGUAAAUUACAAAUAACAGGGACCACAUUUUAUGCUCUUUUGUAUCUCCCAUAGUGCCUAGCCUGCAGGAAGUGCCCAGAUGUUGACUAGUUAAAGUUUUCCUAAUGAGGGAUUAACCCUAAAAUGUCAUGACUGGAUGCUAAUUCAUCUUUUGUACACUUAUUUAUGAAAAAUCUAUUACUCUUAUUAAAUUAUCAAGAAUAUAAUUUUUGAUA